ACUAGUCCACUACUAUCUAAGCUAGCAUGGCCAUGAUGAUGCUAGCGCGCAACCUGUGCUCUCGUCUCCGCCCACCGCUCGCCGCCGCCGCGGCGUUCUCGACGGUCCCCGCGGCGUCGGCGGCCGCAGCGGAGGCGGAGAGGUCGAUACGGGACGGGCCGCGGAACGACUGGAGCCGGCCCGAGAUCCAGGCCGUCUACGACUCCCCGCUCCUCGACCUCCUCUUCCACGGGGCUCAGGUCCAUAGAAAUGUCCAUAAAUUCAGAGAAGUGCAGCAGUGCACACUUCUUUCAAUCAAGACUGGUGGGUGCAGCGAAGAUUGUUCUUACUGCCCUCAGUCAUCAAGAUACGACACUGGAUUGAAGGCUCAAAAAUUGAUGAACAAAGAUGCUGUCUUAGAAGCAGCAAAAAAGGCAAAAGAGGCUGGAAGCACCCGUUUUUGCAUGGGAGCUGCAUGGAGAGAAACCAUUGGAAGGAAAACAAACUUCAACCAGAUUCUUGAAUAUGUCAAGGAAAUAAGGGGUAUGGGCAUGGAGGUCUGUUGCACACUGGGCAUGAUAGAGAAACAACAAGCUGAAGAACUCAAGAAGGCUGGACUUACAGCAUAUAAUCAUAACCUAGAUACAUCAAGAGAGUAUUACCCCAACAUUAUUACCACACGAUCAUAUGAUGAUAGGCUGCAGACUCUUCAGCAUGUGCGUGAAGCUGGAAUAAGCAUCUGCUCAGGUGGAAUCAUUGGUCUUGGUGAAGCAGAGGAGGACCGGGUAGGGUUGUUGCAUACACUUGCCACCUUGCCUACACACCCAGAGAGUGUCCCUAUUAAUGCAUUGGUUGCUGUAAAAGGAACACCUCUCGAGGACCAGAAGCCUGUAGAGAUAUGGGAAAUGAUCCGCAUGAUCGCCACUGCUCGGAUCGUGAUGCCAAGGGCAAUGGUGAGGCUUUCAGCGGGCCGAGUACGGUUCUCCAUGCCAGAGCAAGCUCUCUGCUUCCUUGCUGGGGCCAACUCCAUCUUUGCCGGCGAGAAACUUCUCACAACCGCGAACAACGACUUUGACGCGGACCAGGCGAUGUUCAAUAUCCUUGGCUUAAUCCCCAAGGCCCCAAGCUUUGGAGAGGAAGAGGCGGCGGCAGCGGCGGUGGCGGCUCCUGUGUGCACCGAGAGGUCUGAGCAAGCUGCUUCUAUGUAGAAUGGCAAAACUAGAACUACUGUUAUUAUAGUUUGAUUUGAUCUGGUCCCUCUAUGAGGUGUGUGUGUGUGUGCAGAAGAGAAUAGAGCAAAGUGUGUGUGUGCAGAAGAGAAUUGAGCAACAGAGACAGAUAAGAUUACGGGAGAGAACGCAGGACUGUGAGAGAAUAUUCUUCUACGUACAUCGCUUUUCCUAUUACA